UUAAAGGCAUACAUUGCUUGCAAUACUAGUUUAAGUAAUUUUUCUUUCUUUCUCAUGUUAGCUACUGAGCAGGGGAGAAACAUAAUUAGCAACGGUUUAAUUGAAAUUAAGAAGAACAUGGCUGUUAAAGGAGAACAAAGAUCUCUUGAAGAUACACCAACAUGGGCUGUCUCAGUUUGUAGUUUCUUUGUUCUAAUUGUAUCUUUGAUCAUUGAAGCUGGACUCCACAAAUUGACUGAGCAUCUAAAGAAAAAGAAAAGAAUAUCCAUGGGGAAGGCUUUGGCUAAAACUAAAACAGAAAUGAUGAAAUUCGGUUUCGUGUCACUUCUUCUGACAAUAUCGCAAGUGCCAAUAUCCAAAAUCUGUAUCAACAAGGAUGUGGCGAAUUCUUUCCUACCAUGUAAUGAUUCUAUGGAGUCGGAAUAUCAGUUCAUCAAUUAUUGUGAAGCAAAGGGCAAGGUUAGUCUUCUUUCAAGUGAUGGAAUUCUGCAGCUAAAUAUCUUCAUAUCCUUUUUGGCAGUGUUUCAUAUACUUUUUUGCACAUUCACGAUGUGCCUUGGAAAGGCCAAGAUGAGAAGAUGGAAAAAAUGGGAGGACGAGACUCAAACACUCGAAUAUCAGAUAGAUAAUGAUUCAAGAAGAUUCCAGUAUAUAAGUCAAACAUUGGGUGGCAAGCGUCAUUUGAAAUUAUGGAAUAACUAUUCUCCGUUGCUGUGGAUGGUGUGUUUUAUGCGGCAGUUCUAUAAUUCAGUCUCAAAAGAUGAUUACUUUGCUCUACGAAAUGGGUUCAUUGUAGCAAAUAUUUCAAUGGGAAGCAAUUUCAAUUUCAAUUUUAAGAAAUUUCUUUCCCGUACUUUUGACGAAGAUUUUGAGAAGGUCGUUGGAAUCAGAUUUUGGAUAUGGUUUUUCUCCAUACUUCUCAUAUUCCUUAGUGCACAUGAGUUUUAUAACUACUACUGGCUUCCAUUUAUUCCACUUGUGGUUGCUCUCCUUGCGGGGACUAAACUGCAAAUGAUAAUAACGAAUAUGCAUCUUGAUAGUUGCAAGCAAAGCCCAGUGAUCAAAGGAACCAUACUUGUAAGACCAAGUGAUGAAUAUUUCUGGUUUCAUCGACCCGAAUGGCUUCUCCAUAUAAUCAAAUUAAUCCUUAUACAAAAUUCCUUUCAACUUGCAUUUUUCACCUGGACUUGGUAUGAAUUUGGUCCAAGGUCUUGCUUCAAUAGAGAAAAAGCAGACAUUGCCAUAAGGAUUGCAUUGGGUUUAGCUGUACAGCUACUAUGUGGUUAUGUUACUCUGCCCCUUUAUACACUUGUCACUCAGAUGGGGUCUAACAUGAGGAAGGAAAUUUUCACGGAGCGUGUUGUUGAAGGUCUAAAAAGUUGGCAAAAAAAGGCUAAGAGAUCACUUUCGAAAAACAACUCAACUUGUAGCAGACACACAGUUUCAGCUUCUUUACAUUCAAAAGCAAGUGAGAAUUCAGUAAAAGAGUCUUCAGAGAGUAUGCACAAUAAGGUUGAUGAUAAUGAAAACAUGCAAUCAAUAACAGUGGUCACAGGAAGUGGAGAGGAAGAAGAGAUAAAUAUUGCAACUAAUAGUAGUGUUGAGCAAGAGAUGAUAAUACCAACUGAGGAACAUAAUGCUAAGAUCAUCACCAGAGGAAUCUAUGACGGUGAGAUCUCAUUUGGAAGCAGUUGGAAGAAUGUUGGUAGUAGCAGGAGCAUAAGGGAAAUUGUUUCAAUAGCUGAAGAAGAAGAAGAAAAUGAAGAUGAAGAUGUCACUGUCACAAAUUACCACAUUUGAUUUCAUAGGAAUUGGACUUAUAAUAUUUAUUUCAAUAAAAAUAAAACAAAACUGAUUCUUAAGCAAUAAUACUAUCAGCAAUCUAGUAAAUUAAUGAAAGUGAUUUCUAGUUUCCAGCAUUACCAUUA